GAAGGAAAAAAAAAAAAAGAUACACAGUUCAGGUGUUUGCUAACUCGCUCGAGUGAAGAAUUCUCUGUACCCUUGAGGCCUUGACUUCACCACUCAGAUCUCUUCUUCUUCUGCUCCACACUAAGACCCAAAGCUCUUACCUUUUCUCCAAUUCGCGGAAGAUCUAAAGAGAUAACUCCAAUGGAGGAACAGAGAGAGGGGACUGAGCUUGUUGGUGAUGCUAAAGUGCCUACAGAGGAGGAAACUGGUAAGGGAUCUUCAAAAAUUGGAACCCUAGGUUGUGAGGAUGAUGUUAACACUGUAGAGGUUUUGGGUUCAGGUGUUUGUGAUGUUAGUGUGACUGAUGAAACCCUAAAUGUUGAGGGAUCUUCAAAAAUUGAAUACCUAGGUUGUGAUGGUGAUGACAAGACUGUAGAGGUUUUGGAUUCAGGUGUUUCUGAGAACCAGAAUGAUGGAGGUUCAGGCAAGAUAGUUAGCUCUCAUGAUAUUGAAAAGCAUGAUCCUUUGACAGAGCCUGAAGCUGAGAGAAGUCAAGCGGAGUGUGAUGGUGGAGGUGUUGAGGUGAAGCUGGUUAAUGGUGGAAGUUGUGAAAGUGGAGGAGGAGGUGAGGAGACUGUAAUCUCUGCUGGGAAUAAAGUUGGUGAUGAGAAGGGAACAUGUGAAGUUGGAGAUGGUGGUGAUGAUGCUGAUGCCACCACCUCUGAUACCGAACAAAAUGUUCAAACUGAGAAGUCUCAGAAAAUUUUAGCCGGUGGUGAGACGCUUUCUGCUGCUGCAGAAGAUAAAGCUGACCAAGAGAAGGAAUCAGCUAAUGAAAGUGAAGAGGAUAAUACCAGAAUGGAUGUUGGUAGCAAACAGGCUAAUGAAGAGAACGUUGGAUCUGAGACCAAAGAUGGUAAGCAUUCAGAAUCUGUACAAGUUCCAGAGGUUAGCUCUGCUGCUGAAGAAGAAUUAGAAAAUGUUAAUCAAAAAGAAGAAAACAGAGAAGCUAUGGAAAUCGAUUCUACUGCAGAAGAGCUGGUGAAAAAGGAUGGUUUGGAUAAUGCUGGCAAUGAAUUUACUGCUACCCAAGAUGUUCCGAUAGCUGAAGCUGAGAGGAGUGAGUCCAAUGUAGUAAAGGAAACGGAAAAUGAUGUGGGGAAAGAUAAUACUGAUAUGGCUAACCCAAACAGUUCCACUGAAGAUGCUGCUCCAAGUGAACUUGAACCAUUGGAUGAUAAUGCUCUUUUUGAUCCAAGGUCUGAUAUUACCAACUUCAUUGAUUUCAGUAGUGUAUCAUCUUGGUCAGGAAAUAUACAAGACCAUAAAACUGAAAGUGGGAAUGUAUCUUUGAAAGAAGAUAAGAAAGCUACUGACAUGGCAGACGAAGUUGCAACGGACGAGUGCAACGAGGCCCCUAAAUCUGUUGGUGCUACAGAGGGUCAAAAAGAAGAUUCUGAUGCAGUUAUGGGCUCUGAAGAAAUCCAAAAGGAUCAUCAAAUCUCAGAUGAGAAAGCAUUAGAUCAACAAGAUACUAGGAGGGAGGAAGAUGACACUACUCAUGAAGUUCCAAGUAAUGAUCCAAACCAAAAGGAAGAUACGGUAAUGGAGGAAAAUCCCAACAACUUUGAUUAUGCUGAUUCUGAGACUAAAACAAAUGGUUUAAAACGAAAGGCUGAUGUCCUGAGUGAGGAUUCACUAGGUGAAGGUAGGAAGACUGUUUCACUAGCGAAGGUGUCUUUUGCCCAUAAGCCGUCCUUUAAAAUCGGUGCAGGCAUAGCCAGAGCUGCUAGUCAGAUGGCAGGAUCUCCUUCAGUUUUGAAGGGUAGUAACUUUGGUGACGAAAAUCUUUCUGUUGAGAGUUUUGUAUCCCAGCUUCACUGUGCAGCAACAGGCCCUGAUAAAGAGAGCGUUGUAUCAGAAACUGCUGCGGGCUUUUUCUUAGAUUUCCGAAACUCAAAGGCUUCACAGGCGCUAAUUCCAGAAAAGGCAAGCAGUAAAAGAGGUAAACCAUCUAAUUCUCCUGCAGGAGGAACUGAAGCAUUUGAGUUUGAGGAAAUGGGUGACACGUACUGGACUGACAGGGUGAUCCAUAACGGUGGUGAAGAGCAAGCUCAACCUACUGAAAAGGAAAACUAUCAAGUUGUGCCGGUUGAGUUGAAACCUGCUCAGGUUAAAAGAACGCGCAGACCAUACAGAAGACGGCAGUCACAGAUCAUGAGUCCUCUUACUCCAGCCUCAAACAAACCGGCGGAUUUUGAUGAGAAUGCACCGGCUGAGCUUAUAAUGACCUUUUCUGAAAUGGAUACAAUACCUCCUGAGAAGAGCCUGAGUAAAAUGUUCAGGCAUUUUGGACCAAUAAGGGAUUCCCAAACUGAGGUUGACACGGAGAAUAAACGGGCUAGAGUAGUUUUUAGGAAGGGUGCUGAUGCUGAGGUAGCUUACAAGAGUGCAGGAAGGUUUAACAUCUUUGGAACGAAGGCUGUGAAUUACGAGCUCAGCUUUACAGUCACUGAGACGUUCAAGGUUCAGCCUUAUGUUGUGUCUUUAGGCGAUGAGGAAGCAGUGCUACCUGCUCCUUCUUAGUUGUAGUUUUGAUUCAGGUGAAAACAAUGGGAAGGCAUGAAGACAAGAGAAUUGGCUGGUUGAGUGAUUCUAAGAUCUGAGUUUGGAUUCAAUCAGCUGUUGGUUUUGUGUUACAGGUGAAAACAAUGAGAAGGCAUGAGACAAGAGAAGUGGAUGGUGAAGUGACUCAGUGCAAUUUGGAGGUUCUUGUUUUGUGUUCUGUUACCUUUUAGGUAGAGAUGUAGUAGGGCUGUGUAAUAAAUUGAAACCAGAGUUCUUGGUUAUAUGUAAUUGUGGAGGCUAGAGAUGUAAACCUUUUUUUUUUCUUGUUCUUAUUUGGAGUGACGAGAUUUGAGUUGCUGUUAUUAAAUCAAGUGAUGUUAGGAAAGUGUUGUCCAAGUGAUUUUGGAGCAUUAAAUCUAGUUUUAACUUCGCACAGGGAGUUCA